AUGGCGAUACCUCGUUUACGUGUGAGCGGUAAUAAUGAGGAAAGAAUAGUUCAUCCAAAUCAUAUUAUCUAUCAAAAGAUGGAAAAUUUAGUAAAUGCAAUGUUGGAUCCUGAAAAUGGAGUACCAAUUAAGACGGUCAAAAGUUUUCUCUCCAAGGUGCCAUCAGUAUUCACCGGACAAGAUCUCAUCGCAUGGAUUAUGAAAAAUAUGAAUAUGACUGAUCUUGCCGAUGCUCUUUAUUUGGCUCAUUUGAUCGCUUCACACGGUUAUUUAUUUCAAAUUGAUGAUCAUGUUUUGACGGUGAAAAAUGAUGGUACCUUUUACCGAUUUCAAACGCCAUAUUUUUGGCCGUCGAAUUGCUGGGAGCCGGAGAAUACUGAUUAUGGUUGGCAACUUAUUUAUAAAUAUGUUAAUUCAUAUUACGGCAUGAAUUAUAAGCAUUUUGAGGUUAGUUUUUGCAUUUAUUCUAAUUCUGACAAAUUAUUAGCGGUAUAUUUGUGUAAACGAACGAUGCAAAAUAAAGCUCACCUUGAAUUGGAAGAUUUCGAAGCGGAGAAUCUAGCAAGGUUACAGAAGAUGUUUAGCCGUAAGUGGGAAUUCAUUUUUAUGCAAGCAGAAGCGCAGUAUAAAGUUGAUAAGAAGCGUGAUCGGCAAGAACGGCAAAUUUUGGAUAGUCAGGAACGUGCAUUCUGGGAUGUGCACAGACCUGUACCAGGCUGCGUAAAUACAACUGAAGUUGAUUUCCGUAAAUUAUCGCGAUCGGGCCGGCCGAAAUAUAGCUCGUCCGGUCAUGCUGCCCUAAAUGCUGUUUCAUCCACUUCCUCUUUCUCAUCGCCAUAUUCGACAUCUGCUGCUGCAGCUCAUGCUGCGGGACGAUUGCCAUCAUGUUCGGCGGGUGUAAAUGGCGGUCCUAACACACCAUCGUCAUCAAAUCGUGAUGUUUUGUCGUCUUCUCAGCAGCGCUGUGGCAACUCAGGCUCAUUUCGUCAUUACAACCAUCGGCCGGGUAUGCGGCGAUGUACACAUAUUCAGGAUACACUGAAGCAUGAGAUUGGAGUGUUGCAAGCAAGAUUAACAAAGAAUGUCUUGAAAACUUCAAAAGUAAUUGAGAAUCAUUUGCAAUACUUCGAUCGUCGACGUGUUUUCGAUCCAUUUUUAGUGCAGCCUGGCACUGCUAAUGAUCCCUUUCAAGGCCAGCCUAAUCCUUGGAUUUCUGACACUGUUGACUUCUGGCAACACGAUAAAAUUACGGGCGACAUAUCAAUGCGUCGUCUCAAACUUUGGGAGGAAAGCUUUGAAGAACUCUUAAGCGAUCUUCUUGGUAGGGAAACAUUGCAAAAAUUCCUAGAUAAAGAGUAUUCUGGUGAAAAUCUUCGUUUUUGGUGGCAGGUGCAGAAAUUACGUAAAUGUGCUUGUCGAAUGGUACCAGUGUUGGUGACAGAAAUUUAUAAUGAAUUUAUCGAUAAAAAUGCAACUUCUCCUGUUAACAUUGAUUGUAAAGUGAUGGAAACGACGGAAGAAAAUUUGAAAAAUCCUAACAGAUGGUCUUUUGAUGAGGCAGCAGAUCAUAUAUUUUGUUUGAUAAAGAAUGACAGUUAUCAGCGUUUUUUACGUUCGGAUAUCUAUAGGGAUUUGCUGAUUCAAUCCAAAAAGAAGACCAGUGCUCCGUUUUCGUCCUUGAUCGCGCGUAAGACGUCGCGUAAAGUGUCGCGAAAUGUACGCGGUACAACAAUAUCGGCAUGUGGUAACACUAAUGCUAAUUCAACGGUGGCGCUAACAGGAACGGCACUAUUUAAUUUUACUGUUUCACAGGUACCAGUGAAAAUUUCUCGCGAUAUUGGAAUUCGCUUCCCAAAUCUUCCGGGUUUUUCCUCGAAUACUAUGCGCCGUGAGACGCAGUUAUCAUCUGCAUCAUCCAGUCUUUCGGCGCCAACUAAUACGGCUAUCACUUAA